AUGCCGCACACGAAUCGUAAAAAGAAGAGCAGCACAAACGGGAAUGCGGAUACGCGAACAACAGGCGGGGAAGAGCAACAUGCCAAGAAGAUUGUGCAGCCAAUGAAGAGGAUCCAAGUCGAGGAUACGGAGGGAUGGACACAUGUGGUAGGAGGAGGCAAGAAGGCCGGGGGUGGAGAGGGCUGGACACAUGCGGGGGAUUUUGUGAGGGGUGGGGUUGCUUAUAUUGAACGGACGGUGGGGGAGAUGAGGGGGGAUUGGGAGUUUUAUGCCAAGCAGUGGGAGGAUAGUGAGGCGGCGAUACAGUUGAGGGAGAUUCUGGGGGGGAGGACUGGGGUGAAGAGUGUGGUUUGUUUGGGGUUGGGCAGUUUGCAGAGUGCGAGGAGAGAGGGGAGAAGGUGUAGUUUUACGCAAUUGGCGGCGUUGAUGAUGAUUCUGGAAGAGUUGGGUGGCACCGGUGCUCAUAAGAUACAAUGCGUUUUUCAAGACCCUCAAUAUACGGAAACUGACAAGGAAUUCUUGACAUCUUUGGCGGGUGUAGUGGUUGAUGAUCCGGUGGCAUUUGAUCAUAUUAAAGAGGAUUCUCUGGUAUAUGCGAUACAUUGUUAUGGGCCAGUUUAUAAGACUAUGAGUGAAGGACCUCGACCUGCAGUUCUCAUUGGAACAGAUGUCGAUAACUUUGGGAGAUUCAAUCUAACAGAAACGAAAGAAACAAUAGCAAAACCUCUGAACGAAAUGGUCAAAGAUUGCGAAGUAAUAAAUUUCCCACAAAUUCGACACGAUUUCUCGGAUACAAAAAUAUACUGGCGAAACAAACCAACUAUUUGA